GAAACGGGCGAGCGAAAGGCGGAAGGAGACGAUCGUGUGUCGCUCGUCGCUCGGCUGGUCGCGCCUGGCGGCCCGUUGUGCAGUGUCACGCCAUGAAGCAGGACGGCGCGUCCCGCCGCCGCGGCGACAAGGCCAAGGCACCCCCGGAGGGACCCCCGCCCGCGCCCCCCGACGUCGAGAUGCACGAGGAGGCGGCGCCGGUGGCCCCCGAGGCGGGCGGAGAGCGGCAGCCGCAGCGGGAGCUGGACGCGAUCACGCUGGAGGACAUCAAGGAGCACGUGAAGCAGCUGGAGAAGGCGGUGUCGGGGAAGGAGCCGCGCUACGUCCUGAGGGCCCUGCGGGCUCUGCCCUCCACCUCGCGCCGCCUCAACCCCAACGUGCUGCACAAGGCCAUCCACGGCUUCUUCACCUCCAACUGCACUGUCAGGGACUUCCUGCUGGGGUUCCUGGAGGAGUCCAUGGACACAGAAGCUGAGCUGCAAUUCCGCCCAAGGACAGGGAAAGCAGCCUCAGCCCCUCUCCUGCCAGAGGUGGAGGCUUACCUGCAGCUGCUGCUCGUCAUCUACCUGAUGAACAGCAAGAGGUACCCCGAGGCUCAGAAGGUGUCCGAUGACCUGAUGCAGAAGAUCAGCUCCCAGAACCGCCGGGCCCUGGACCUGGUGGUGGCCAAGUGCUACUACUACCACUCCCGCAUCUACGAAUUCCUCAACAAACUCGACGUGGUCCGGAGCUUCCUGCACGCCCGGCUCCGCACGGCCACGCUGCGCCACGACGCCGACGGCCAGGCCACGCUCCUGAACCUGCUCCUGAGGAAUUACCUCCACUACAACCUCUACGACCAGGCUGAAAAACUCGUCUCCAAAUCCGUGUUCCCCGAGCAGGCCAACAACAACGAGUGGGCUCGGUACCUGUACUACACAGGGCGGAUCAAGGCCAUCCAGCUGGAGUACUCGGAGGCGCGGCGCACCAUGACCAACGCCCUGCGCAAGGCCCCGCAGCACACGGCCGUGGGCUUCAAGCAGACGGUGCACAAGCUGCUCAUCGUGGUGGAGCUGCUCCUCGGGGAGAUCCCGGACAGGCUCCAGUUCCGGCAGCCCUCGCUCAAGCGCUCGCUCAUGCCCUACUUCCUGCUGACCCAGGCCGUCAGGACAGGGAACCUGGCCAAGUUCAACCAAGUCCUUGACCAGUUUGGGGACAAGUUCCAGGCUGAUGGCACCUACACCCUGAUCAUUCGGCUGAGGCACAACGUCAUCAAGACAGGUGUCCGCAUGAUCAGCCUCUCCUACUCGCGCAUCUCCCUGGCUGACAUUGCCCAGAAGCUGCAGCUGGACAGCCCCGAGGACGCCGAGUUCAUCGUUGCCAAGGCCAUCCGGGACGGCGUGAUCGAGGCCAGCAUCAACCACGAGAAGGGCUACGUGCAGUCCAAGGAGAUGAUCGACAUCUACUCCACGCGGGAGCCCCAGCUGGCCUUCCACCAGCGCAUCUCCUUCUGCCUCGACAUCCACAACAUGUCCGUGAAGGCCAUGAGGUUCCCACCCAAAUCGUACAACAAGGACUUGGAAUCUGCAGAGGAGCGCCGGGAGCGUGAGCAGCAGGACCUGGAGUUUGCCAAGGAGAUGGCAGAGGACGAUGACGAUGGUUUCCCGUGACCCUGGGCCCUGGCUGUGCUUUUUUAUUUGUCCCUUGGACAGAUGGUGGCUGAGCAGGGCCCUCCGUCCCCCCCAGACCCCCUUUUAUAAAUCCCUGCAUGUCUGUACUGUGGGAGGGGACACAGGGGGUUCCCUGGGCCCACACCCCCUGACCACCUGCACUUGUGGUGGGACCCCCUCCCCAAUAAAACAUCCUUCAAAGGAUCCCUGUGGUGACAUCGGAGCCGAUGCUGGGGGGCAGCGAGGGGAGCGGGGCUGGAGGGAGCAGGAGUGGGGUCUCCACUGGUGCCCUCCCAGCUCCCACAACGGGGUCAUACUUUGUUAAAACUUCAAUUAUGACUUUUAAAAUAAAAGAUGGAAAAACACCAGC